AUUAGUCCUUCCACUGUUUGUCUCCCAGCUGAGGGCACCUACGUCCCAACUACCUCUUCUAAUUCCCCUUCUUUCUUCUACUGAACCCUCUAAAUUCGAAUUCCUCGUUAGUUUCGUACUUCAUGGACAUGAUAUUAAGGAGGAAAGGAACGAGAACCGAGCGAAAAACGGCGACAGUUUCAUGGUCCUCCGCACGCAUGCCUAACCUUGUGCCAUUCUUAAUCUUCUUUCUCUUGCCUUUCUUUGCAUUACACUGUUCUGCCAGAGAUACAGUGACUCUAGGUAGCCCGAUCAGCGACAAGCGCGGAGAUACUCUCAUUUCUUCGGGUGGAGUCUUCGAGCUGGGGUUCUUUUCCCCGAAUGGCAGCGCCGGGAAGAGAAGAUACGUUGGGAUCUGGUACUACAGCUCGACCCCACGAACUGUCGUGUGGGUUGCUAACAGAGAUGACCCGGUUUUAGACUCUAAUGGAGUUUUCUCCAUCACCGAAGAUGGUAACCUCGGAGUACUUGACGGGAGUGGACGUUCUCACUGGAGCACCAAUCUUGGAACAUCAUCCUUGUCAUCGUCACCGACCUUGAAGCUCAUGGACAGUGGGAAUUUGGUCUUACGGAGGCAAGAAAAUCGUUCGGCUAAGGAAAUGAUUCUCUGGCAGAGUUUUGAGAACCCGACUGAUACUUUUCUUCCCGGAAUGAGGAUGAAUGAGAACAUAACAUUAACCUCGUGGGGAAGUUACGAUGAUCCUGCUCCAGGAAACUUUACGUUCGAGCUAGAUGAGGAGGAAGAAAACCAAUAUAUUGUGUGGAGGAGAUCAAUAAGGUACUGGAAGAGCGGGGUCUCGGGCAAAUUCAUAACCUCGGAUGACAUGCCAUAUGCUAUCUCGUACGUCCUAUCCAACUUCACUUCCAGUGUGGGCCAAAACAACUCUGUUCCUUACAUCACUUCCUCUUUAUUUGAUAACACGAGGCUGAUAAUGAGUGUCUCGGGUCAGGUUCAGUACGUUAAGUGGGACUCGCAGAAGAUUUGGUCCUUGAUCUGGGCAGAGCCGAGGGACCGAUGCAGUGUUUAUAACAUGUGUGGGAAUUUUGGGAGUUGCAAUAGUAAUGGUGAUGUAGUAUGUAAGUGCUUGCCCGGGUUUGGGCCUGCCUCCCUGGAAUUUUGGAGCUCUGGGGACUUCUCUGGCGGCUGUAUCAGGAAAUCAACACUUUGUGGGAAGAGCGCGACCGGCGACACUUUCCUUAGCUUGAAGGGGAUGAAAGUGGGGAAACCCGACUCGCAGUUUGUAGCCAAGGAUGGAAUGGAGUGUAGGAGAGAGUGCCUUAACAAUUGCCAGUGCCAAGCUUACUCCUACAAUGGAGAUGAGGACUCGCGCGUUUGCUGGAUUUGGACAGAAGAUCUCAACAAUCUUCAGGAUGAAUAUGAAGAUGGUCGAGAUCUUUAUAUCCGGAUGGCAGUCUCUGACUUAGAAUCAACGGAUAGAGAUUGUCUGAUUUGUGGAGCAAACCUGAUCCCUUACCCUCUCAGUACUGGAGCGCAAUGUGGGGACCCUGCAUAUCUUAGUUUUCACUGCAACAUCUCCAGCGGACAACUGAGCUUCGAGGCACUGAGUGGGACGUAUCAGAUCACGAGAAUCAACCCCGAAUCACGCAAGUUCUUCAUCAAAUUGGAAGCUGAUAGUUGCAACAAUGAGGAUGAUAGCAAAGUCUUGCAGCUCAAUGAAUCUUCGCCUUUUCACCUGACUCGUUGGUGCAAUGCUGACAAGAACAGUGCUGGCUCUGGAAAUCUCAUCGGACGUGGAGAUGAAGUGGAGAUUACUUGGGACCCACCGCAAGAGCCAACGUGCAGCUCAUCCUUGGACUGCAAGGAUUGGCCCGACUCAACUUGUCAUGAAACAUUAGAUGGCAAGAGAAGGUGCAUCUGCAAUUCGAAAUUCCGAUGGGAUCCUCUCCUCAUAAAUUGUACUCAAGAUAAGAAGCUCGGGGGACCAUCAAGCGAAAAGCUGCCAUCGACCCUGAUAGUCAUUGUGAUAUUUAUCAGUUCUGUCUUUCUAAUUGUUCUCUUGGCUAUGAUCGUAUAUCUCUAUAUACAGAGGAGAAAUCCUUCCAAGAGGCCAGAGAACUGGGCAAGCAUUUGGAGACACUCCGCCCCUAACUUGUACAACAACGAGAGACAUGUGAAGAGCUUCAUCGACUCUGGUCGGUUUAAUGAGGAUGAGACUAAUGGGAUUGAUGUUCCGUUCUUCGAUUUGGAAAGUAUUUUAGCUGCCACAGGUAAUUUUGCAAAUGCAAACAAGCUCGGGCAAGGAGGAUUCGGGCCUGUAUACAAGGGUAAAUUCCCGGGAGGACAGGCGAUUGCUGUCAAAAGGCUGUCAAGUUUCUCCGGUCAGGGUUUUGAGGAGUUCAAGAAUGAGGUUGUGUUGAUUGCGAAGCUUCAGCAUCGGAAUCUCGUGAGACUUUUGGGUUAUUGCGUGGAAGGAGAUGAGAAGAUGUUACUAUAUGAGUACAUGCCCAAUAAAAGUUUAGACUCCUUUAUAUUCGAUCGCACUCUCUGCAUGUCACUGGACUGGGUCAUGAGAUACAAGAUCAUAGCAGGGAUUGCACGGGGACUUCUAUAUCUUCAUCAGGACUCGAGGUUAAGGAUCAUCCAUAGAGACCUGAAGACAGCCAACAUCCUGCUAGAUGAGGAGAUGAACCCAAGAAUUUCAGACUUUGGGUUGGCAAGGAUAAUCGGCGGUAAAGAAACUGCAGAAAGCACAAACAGUAUUGUUGGAACAUAUGGCUAUAUGUCCCCUGAGUACGCAUUAGACGGCUUCUUUUCGGUCAAGUCAGAUGUUUUCAGCUUUGGUGUUGUGGUGCUUGAGAUAAUCACUGGGAAAAGAAACACGGGAUUCUACCACUCCGAGCAAGAGAUGAGUCUUUUAGGCUACGCAUGGUUGCUGUGGAAAGAAGAGAAGGCGCUCGACUUAAUGGAUACUGCUCUCUGUAAGAGCUGCAAUGUAAAUGAAUUCCUCAAAUGCGUGAAUAUCGGGUUGCUGUGCGUGCAAGAGGAUCCAAAUGAUCGUCCCAAGAUGUCAAAUGUGCUGUUCAUGCUCGGGAGUGAGAUUGCGACUCUCCCGAGCCCUAAGAAGCCUGCAUUUGUUGUUAGGCGAUGCCCCUCGAGCAGAGCUUCAUUGUCGAGUAAGCUGGAAACAUGUUCCCACAAUGACCUGACUGUCACUCUUAAAAAUGGCCGCUGAUGAACCAACGGAGUGUUAUUGCUUUAUGAUUAGAUCUUUCCUUUCCCUGGUCAUCCGAUUGUUAUAUUUUAGUAACUGUAAAUCAUUCAUCUCGCGGCCUGUAUUUUGGUUCCUCUUCUCUUAUUAUGACAUUUUUGAGAGCAUCGUCUUUGCGACUAAUUUGAUAGUCAAAAUUGUAUCGAACUUCAUUGGAAUGUAACCGAAGAGUAUUCAACCAUUGACAUUUUCACUUUA